UGCAGUUUGCAAGAGCACCACCAACUUUCCAAUUUUUUCCAUUAUAUUUUUCCAAUCUGCAGAAAAGGCGAGCCGAGGCCAAGGCCCCCAGCCCACCACCACACCGAAAGAACCAGGCCAGGCGGCGGCAGAGCGGAAGCGGCGCCGAGCAGCGAGCAACCAGCCCCUCUCCUCCGCCGCCUCCACGGAUCAUGGCCAUGGCCGCCUCCUCCCGGCUGCUGUGGGCGUCUCGUGCCGCCGCCUACCUCAGGAUCUCCACCUUCCCCAGGGCCUUCUCCACCGUGCUGAAGGAUCUGAAGUAUGCUGAUACUCAUGAGUGGGUGAAGGUUGAGGGUGAUUCAGCAACUGUUGGGAUUACUGACCAUGCCCAGGAUCAUUUGGGCGAUGUUGUGUAUGUGGAGCUGCCAGAAGUUGGCAUCAGUGUAUCCCAGGGAAAGAACUUUGGCGCUGUUGAAAGUGUGAAGGCAACCAGUGAUAUCAACUCACCAGUAUCUGGAGAGGUCGUUGAAGUGAAUGAGAAACUAGGCGAGGAACCUGGAUUGGUGAAUGCAAGUCCAUAUGACAAGGGAUGGAUUAUCAAGGUUAAGCUCAGUGAUUCAGGUGAGCUCAAUUCACUGAUGGAUGAUGAGAAGUACUCGAAAUUCUGUGAGGAAGAAGACAAACAUUGAAGAAAUAAGUGUCUUCUGAACAUCAAGGAACUGCGUUUUAAGCUUUAUCAGUGCUUUUGGUCUCUGAGACCGUUGCAAUUUGGCAAGGUUCAUAGCAUGCAAUAAAUUAGUUUAGGUUUGCCUCUUCAAGGGUCUGGGAAAUCCGAGUUGUAAAGGACAUGAGUAUCGUUUCCUCUUUCUAGCUGUAACGCUCGUCAGUUUUCAUUUGACUGUCUUUGCUUCAUUCCUUGGUAUACAGAGUUACAGAUUGUUUGGUCCUUU